AUGGCUACUGGCGGCCCCACUGUGCUCACAGAUCUUACUGUUCGAGUAGUUGGCACAGUCACGCCUCCGUCGACAGCAGAGCCAAGCCAUUCAUGGCGUCGUAUAGAGAAAGCACUCUAUCUAGACUCCUCUCACCAGCGUGGGUGGCUGUAUGUGGCGGUCGCGAAGUGGAAACAACUCGCGGACUCCGACCUGGUGAUCACUGACAUAAGGAUCGGUGAGCGACCGGGCGAUGUCGAUGCAGGUCCCGAAUGGGAAAGCCGUCCAGCCGGUAUAUGGUUGCAGCGCAACCCAAUCGAAGACGAUGUUUGUAGGGCUGUGACAGAUAUCGACGUCUUAUUCGGCAGCGAUGCAGUCGAUCCACGGCCGAGGUGGACGCUGACCCAGUCGCCGCUUCGUCUCGAUGCUGACCCGACGGUCCCCAGCGCAAGGCUCACUUUCUUACGGGGCAAGGCGAUUGGCAGGCCUGUCGGGCCCGAUGUGCUCAGAUUCGAUGGAAACGGCCGCUUCAAGAUUCUACAGAUUUCUGACACCCACAUGGUCACUGGUGUCGGUGUGUGCGAUGACGCUAUCGACCCUGACGGAAACGACCUCCCAGAUUGCGAUGCUGAUCCAUUGACUGUGCAGUUCAUGAAGCAGGUAUUAUACUUGGAGCGGCCCGAUCUCGUUGUUCUUGCCGGAGACCAGUUGCACCAUGACAUUCUCGACUCUCAAUCCGCUCUUUUCAAAGCUGUUGCUCCUAUGAUCGAGCGAUCAAUACCAUUUGCGGCCGUGUUUGGCAACCAUGACAGUGAAGGAAGCCGAGCACUCUCACGCACCGCUCAAAUGUCGAUACUACAGAGUCUUCCUCACAGCCUCUGCAAGCCGGGACCAGAGCACGUUGAUGGCGUCGGCAACUUUCACAUUGAGAUAUUCGAGCCAGAGCCAUCAGAGAAAUCACUCGCAACAUUGUAUUUCCUCGACUCACAUGGUCAGAUUCCGAGUAAAGUGCACAACCCUGACUAUGCGGCUAUCCAAAAGAGCCAGAUCGACUGGUUCACAAGUAAUUCGCAAAGGAUACGAAAUACACGUGGCUCAGACAAAGGGAGCAGUGGGCAUGACUUGUCCCUAGUCUUCCAACACAUUCCUCUGCCAGAGUUCGGCGAUCCAAAUCUCAUCAUCCGCAGUGGCCACCGCAGGGAACCCACCGAGGGCCCGCGUGUCAACUCCCACUUCUACGAUGCCCUACUUAGCGAAGGUGUCUCCACGCUGGCAUGCGCACACGAUCAUUUGAACGACUUCUGCGCACUUCUCCCACAGCAGCCAGCUGAGGACCAUGGGAAAGCUCGACUGAGGGGUCCUUGGCUGUGCUACGGGGGAGGCUCGGGCUUUCAGGGAUAUUGCUCAUAUGGAAGUAACCGUUAUCACCGACGCAUGCGCGUCUGGGAAUUGGAUUCACGCACCCAGAGCUUGCGAACCUGGAUGCGAGUCGAAUAUGCAGCUGAGAGAACCGAAGAGCUAUUGCUUGUGAGGCACGGUGAGAUCGUACAGGAAUGA